UGUAUCGUUGAUCGAACACCUGCAAUAGCUGAUUAUAAAGCAAUUGUUCUUAAGUAGGCACUUCUUAGAAUUUCAUUUAUUUUAUUAGUUUAAAAUGUCGAUUUGGUCGAACAAGCACCUUUACCCGUUUUAAGAUUUAGUUUGUAGGCUCUAUCAUGGAUAUAUAUUUCGUCUUUUUUCUCCUAUUUCUAACGCAAGAAUGGAAAGUGUUUGCCGAAAAUCCAGAGCCAAAGUGCAGCUUCUUGCACGUUUGUCACAUAGAUUCAAAAGGACACGGACAAAACUGCGUAAAGGAAACUGCGCCAAUGGCCUUCAAUAAUUCUGGUGAUGACUCCGCGGCUGUCAAAGAGAAACUUAGAGAAUAUUGUCCAUUUUUCUUUGAAGGCGAUUCUGAAGAUCCUAUUGAAUUAUGUUGCGACAAUGAGCAAAUCAAUUUUAUGACUGACGGAUUCAAGAAUUCGGCGCCUUUCGCCAGAUGUCCGACCUGCGUCAAGAAUCUCCAGAAAUUCUUCUGCUUGGUGGCUUGCUCGCCGUAUCAGUAUUACAUGACAUCGAGCUAUACGACCAAAACUGAGCAAGGAAAAGAAUACACUGAUGUAGUCACAAUCUCCACUCCUCAAGAAACCAUGGAUGCCGUGUACGAUUCCUGCAAAGAUGUCUCUCUACCAAGUACCGGCGAAGCAGUACUACAAAGCGCUUGUGGAAACUACGGUGCUAUUUGGUGCACUCCUCUAAGGUGGUUUUUAUAUAUGAACGAUCCUGAUCAAAACCCUUUUGCUCCGUAUAAGAUGCAGUUUAAUACUACAAUAACGGGAUUAUAUACACCUUUAGAUUAUAAGGUUCUAACGUGCAGCGAAGCUUAUGACAAUUCGUCAGCUUGCAGUUGCUCGGACUGUCCAGUGAAUUGUCCGGAAAACCUGUACACCAGUAUACAUACAGACUAUAAUAUAUUUAGUAAUAUUAACGAAUAUUCAUUUUAUACCUCAAUUUCUCUAUUACUCAUAGGCUGUUUAGCCUUUAUUGGAAUUUCUAUACUUCAAAAAAUUAACUUGCUGACUCGAAGAAACAGGCAAAUUAAUACAAAUAAACCUCCUUUUGGUGAAAAAGUUCACGAUGCCUUAUACAGAUACUUUAAAGCAUUUGGUAUAAUAAUGGCUUCCUGGCCCAAAACAGUGAUCCUAUCAGGAAUGGCGCUAAGUGCCGCUUUAUCUAUUGGUUGUAUAUACCUCCAAGUAACUACCAAUCCUAUAGAAUUAUGGGCAUCUCCUACCAGUCAAAGCAGAAAGGAGAAAGACUACUUCGAUACGUAUUUUUCUCCAUUUUACAGAACCAAUCAGGUGUUCAUCAAAACUGCAGGUCUAAGUUUUUUUUCUUUUAGCUCUACUUAUGGUGGAGACAUUUUGCUUGGACCUGCAUUCCAUGAAGAAUUUUUGGAAGAGGUGUUUUUGUUGCAAAAGCAGAUUGAAAACAUAACAGUGGAAGUGGAUGGAGAAACUAUAGGACUAAAAGAUAUAUGUUAUUCGCCUUUACGGACGCCUUUUGAUGGCGAAAAGACCAUAGAUGAGUGUGCCAUCAUGUCGGUUUUGGGAUACUUCUCCGGCAUUGACCAGUACAAGAAAGAUAUACACAAUAGUACGGAAAAAAUCAUUGGAUGUUUACAAGCACCUACCGGUCUGAAUUGUCUUGCUCCAUACGGCGGGCCUAUCAUACCUGGAGUGGCUGUGGGUGGAGCCACACAAGAUGAUCAUCUGGAUGCUGUAGGCAUGACUUUGACUUUCCUGGUAGAGAAUAAGAACAACGAGGAUGAAUUGACAAAUGCCUACGCCUGGGAAAAAGCAUUUAUCGAAUUCAUGAAGAAAUGGGAUGCGAACAACAGAUCUGAAUACAUGCACGUAGCAUUCUCGGCUGAGAGAUCUAUACAAGACGAAAUCGAACGCUUAUCCGAAUCAGAAGUAUUAACCGUUGUCAUCAGUUACAUAGUCAUGUUUGUCUAUAUCGCUCUCGCUUUAGGAAAAAUAGUUAAUGUUGAACAAUUGUUGCUAGAAACAAAGAUGAUACUUGGAGUCGGCGGAGUAUUUAUAGUUGGUUUCUCAGUAACUUCAGCUAUUGGUCUAUGUUCGUACUUUCACGUCAAAACAACCAUGUUGACUAUAGAAGUGAUCCCUUUCUUGGUACUAGCAGUUGGUGUGGAUAAUAUCUUUAUUAUCGUCCAAACACAUCAACGAAACGACAGAGAACCAAGUGAAUCUAUACAAGAAAGCAUAGGAGAAACGUUGGGAAAAGUUGGUCCGAGUAUGUUACUUACGAGUACUUCAGAAAUUUUCUGUUUUGCUAUAGGUUCACUUUCAUCGAUGCCUGCAGUACAUACAUUUGCUGUAUACGCUGCUCUGGCUGUUACAUUGGACUUUUUCUGUAACUACAUCAAAACCAUUAUGAACAAUAGACUUGACAUUCUCUUCUGCUUUCGUGUUAAAUCUGAGAAAAGCACGAAAAAGCCUUUAAUACAUACAUUCUGGAAAGAAGUCUUCACACCACUAAUAAUAAAAUUACCUGUGAGAAUCACUAUAAUAGUAAUAUUUUUAAUAACUACGGCACUGUGCGUUAUGAUAACACCUUCCAUUGAACUGGGAUUAGACCAAGAACUGUCCAUGCCAACUGAUAGUUACGUGUUAAAAUAUUUCCAAUAUCUCAAAGUCAUGUUGGGUACAGGGGCUCCUGUAUAUUGGGUUACCAAAGGCAAAGUGAAAUAUUCGGACUCUGACGUCAGUAAUAAGAUAUGCGGUGGUGUUGGUUGUAAUGACAGUUCAAUAUCUACACAGCUGUAUUUAGUGUCUAAAUCAUCUAAUGUGGCGUGUCCUUUACAACUGACGAUGAAGGAUUGGUGACUGUCGAUACGUCGAGAGUUAUGUCAUAUCACACGGUUUUGAAAACCUCUGCUGAUUACAUAGGAGCGCUAAAAUAUGCAAGAUAUAUAGCUAAGAAUUUGACCAAGACGCUUGAUUUGGAUGGGAUAGAAAUAUUUCCAUAUAGCGUUUUUUACGUAUAUUACGAGCAGUACCUCACGAUAUGGAUGGACAUGAUCGAAAAUCUCAGUUACUCAAUGGCGAUCGUUUUCGUCGUAUCCUUAAUAAUCACAGGAUUUAGCUUUUUUGCGGCGUCCAUAAUUUUAAUCACAGUCGCGAUGAUAAUCGUGCAUAUGCUGGGUUUGAUGUAUAUUUGGAACAUCACUUUAAAUGCGAUAUCGUUAGUCAAUCUUAUUUUGAGUGUAGGUAUAGCUGUAGAGUUUUGUGGCCAUUUAGUGCACUCUUUCGAAAGAUCUACCGAAAAAACGGCUGUAGAAAAAGCCCAGGAUGCUUUGGCUAAUACAGGAAGUUCGAUAUUGUCUGGUAUUACAUUAACCAAAUUCUCAGGGAUACUCGUUCUGGCUUUCUCCAAAUCCCAGGUUUUCCAAAUAUUCUACUUCCGAAUGUAUUUAGGUAUAGUUCUUAUAGGAGCCGCUCAUGGAUUGAUAUUUUUACCGGCAUUCUUAAGUUUUAUAGGUUAUUUAAAAUAUCCAUCUAGAGACUGAGGAGUUGUAAUCUACUAACCAAAAAAAGCACGGUUUAAAAAGAGUUAUAAGUACAAUGUUAAAAAUAAGAUUAAAGAAAUGCGUUUUC